AAUGUUAAGCAUCAACGGAUCUUCGGUGUCGCUGUUCAAACAGAAGUAAAAGACAGAACCGGUCCGUGAGGAGCACCGGAGCCCGUGGACCGCUCCAUCCGCUUGCUACGUGUCCGAUCCAGCCCGCUAGCGCCUUCUGCUAACGGCUCCGGGUCGGAACGUGUCCGAACAUGGGGUUCGACCUCUGAUUUCACCGGGUAGUCAGCGAGCAGAAAGAAACCCGUAAUGGAGGCCCCGGAUGGAGCAGAAUGAACCGGGUUUGACCGUUAGUCUCCGCUGGCAGCAGCCGGUUAACGGGCUGGAAGCUGCGGGUAAAUAUGAUGUAUUCAUCCAGGAGGAAGCCCGUACUCUACUUCAAAGAGGAAAGAAGGUUUCUGUCGGGGAAAUGUACCGUCUACAAGCUGUUCGGACUCUGCAUGGUGUUGGUGCUGGUCUCUCUGCUCUGGCUGCAGCUCAGCUGUUCAGGUGACAUGUCUGCAGCGACGCCCGAGGACAGGCGUGUCCCGCAGCCACCACCGUGUGCAGCGGACAGUCGGGCGUCUGCAGCGGACAACCCCUCCUGGGGUCCUCAUAAGCUGGUCCUCCUGGUUCCCUUCAGAGAACGCUUCGAGGAGCUGCUGGUGUUCGUUCCUUUCAUGCACACGUUCCUCAACAAGAAGAAGAUUCGCCAUAAAAUCCUCAUCAUCAACCAGGUGGAUCACUACAGGUUCAACAGAGCGUCUUUGAUCAACGUGGGCUUCAAGGAGAGCGGUAACGACACGGAUUACCUGGCCAUGCACGACGUGGACCUGCUGCCCCUGAAUGAGGCUCUGGACUACGGGUUCCCCACCGACGGGCCUUUCCACGUGGCCUCGCCAGAGCUGCACCCACUGUACCAUUACAAGACGUACGUGGGAGGAAUCUUGCUGCUCACCAAGAAGCAUUAUCACAUGUGUAACGGGAUGUCAAACCGGUUCUGGGGUUGGGGCAGGGAGGACGACGAGUUUUACAGAAGGCUGAGAAAAGCUGAGUUACAGCUGUUCCGGCCGAGCGGAAUCUCAACAGGAUAUAAAACCUUCCUCCACAUCCACGACCCGGCCUGGAGGAAGAGGGACCAGAAGAGAGUCGCCACUCAGAAGCAGGAGCAGUUUAAAGUGGAUCCUGACGGGGGUCUGAGCAACCUCCAGUACCAGGUGGAGUCCCGGCAGGACCUGACCAUCAGCGGUGCACCGUGCACCGUCAUCAACAUCAAACUGGAGUGUGACCAGGACCAGACGCCCUGGUGUCUGCUGGGUUAGUGGACACAGGUGAUGGUGGUGUUUGUACUGGGAUCCAAUCGAGUCUAACAGAACCGCCCAACGUCAGU